UUUUGUUUUGGAAACUGAAUUUGAUUCAUGAACGAAUCAUUUAGUUGCCUGGUUAGAGAGGUUUAGUCAUUUAUUUAUUAGAAUUUGUUGAAUGUCCUUGUCGAUAAACUUCAUCAAGAAUCUUGAUCAAUUGCCAGUGUUAUUGACAAUUAAUUUUCCUCUCUAAAUUGAUGAUCAACAAAAGUGCCCAUACAAAAAAAGCCUCAGAAAAACACCAAACCCACCGGAGAGUAAAAAAAUCAACACCUUGUCUUUCAAUUAUUUUUUAUUCUAUUCUCUCAACUUUAUUCUUUUUUGUGUUUAUAAAUUAAUCUAAAUUAUUACCAAUCGUAAUCAUGGUUGACUCGACAAUUGAGAACAGUUCUCAAGCAAAUUCUAUCAAAAAUAACAGUGGUCGUAAAAGGAUAAAAGGCAAUUUAAGUUAUCGCCAUCUUUAUGGCAAUCCCAAUUUACGUUUCAAUGGUAAACCUCCUUCCUCAUCCGGAUUAAUUAAUGGACAUGAGAGUCCAACUCACUCUUUUAUCACAGAUGUAGCUGAUGUCCGGCAAAUGGAACAAGGAUUAUUAAGAUUACUCAGUGAUUUUCAUUCUGGAAAGUUACAAGCCUUCGGUCAAGAUAUAACCUUUGAGAAAAUGGAAAGUGUCAGAGAGCAGCAAGAAAAACUUGCUCGACUUCAUUUUGAUUUGAACAAUCAACAAGAAUUACAAGACACUGAGGAUGGACGUCGUUUAGCCAAGGAAAACAUGUCCAAGUUAAUUGAAAGUCUUCAACAAUUAAGUUUCUCAAUUGAACAAUUACAAUCUCGAUCAACUGGAAGGACAUCAACUUUCAAAACUUAAUUAUUCAACUUUAAUUGUGAUACUCAAACAAUCAUAUCUCGUUACUCGACAAUCUAUUUAAUCUUCUAAUGGACUCGACUGAUCAUGUUACCAGAAUCAGAGAAACAAUUGAAAGAAGAUCGUUAAUCUUAAUUUUGUUACUUUUAAUCGGCUCUUUUUGGUAACCAAAUUUCCUUACCUGUGAUUAUUUCAUCAUUAUUCAUUUUGAUUCAUUUAUUUUCCUUAAUCAAUUUUUUUAAUCAUUUUCGUUCCCUUUUUUUUUGAUCCAAACAACAUGAAGAACAUGGGAAAUAGUGUAUCAUGAAUAUUGAAGACAAAGAGAAUAAAUUUUUUCUACUAAUGUAA